AUGACGGAUGAGGUGUCCUCCUACUACUGUGACUUCGUCUCCACUUGUACAUUGUCUUCGUCAUCAGCGAUAUAUGUCAGUCUAGGCAUACACAUUCCAUCUUCUGUCCCAGAGCUCAAGGACGCCAGCCCGGGUGUACGCUUUGCGAUGGCGUCUGUCUAUAUCUAUCUCGACGACAACAGCUCACCCAGGACCAUGAAAAGCAUACAUCGCUCCUCCAAGCGCAGGGACCUGAACCCUGAAAACCGGACUGGGCACAAUCUUCUGCGAGACCCUGCUUAUUGGUUGGAGUUGCAAGCCUCGCGCCAUCCGAUUGUGGUUCGAUCCGCCGCCGGACCCCUGGUCGCUCGGAAGGCUGCGGCUGAGCCCCAUCUUGUACCUUGA